AUGGCGAAUCAGGCUCCUGCGUCGCUUGUUGAGCAGCUGACUGCGUCUGGAGGUGCUGAACCAGCAGGCUUUCUUAACGAUAUUGUCUCGAACCUUUGGCCCAACAUCUGUGUUGCCGGCUCCAAGAUCAUCAAGGAAUCAGUCGAGCCUGUCCUCGCCUCGACUCUUCCGGGUCCCCUCAAAAACCUGCGGUUCGUCAAGAUUGACUUUGGUCAUGUCCCGAUCAGCUUCUCAAACGUCGAUGUGCACAAGACGAAGAACAAUGGCAUCAAGCUGGACAUGGAUCUGAACUGGGACGGCGUAUGCGACUUCGAGCUUGAUGGCAAAUUGGUACCUAAAGUGGGUGUCGAGAGGGUUCGUAUGAAGGGCCGGAUCAGCGUGCUGCUUUGCCCCUUGACCAAUGUCAUUCCUCUGAUCGGCGCCGCUCAGGUUGCGUUCCUCAACACACCCAGCCUAGAGCUCGACUUCACCGAUGCCGCAAACAUUGCCGAUCUCUCCGUCAUCGAUAACUGUGUACGGAAAAUCAUUCUCGGCAUCAUCGGGGGCAUGUUCGUCCUGCCCAACCGCUUCCUCGUCAAGAUGGACAACAACGUCGACUACUUCAAAACCUACCAGCCCCACCACGGCCUCAUCCGCGUCACAAUCGCCCGGGCAACAAACAUUGCAGCUCCCAAGCAAGGCGAGAAGAAGAAGAGCACCAUCAGCAAGUUGAUGGAAAAGGUCAAGCUCAAGGACGUACCCGACUGCUACGCCAAAGUCAUAGUAGGCGCCGAAGCCGAGUGGAAGACGUCCGUCGUAGACAACAACACCAACCCAGAGUGGAACGAAACGCACGACUUCAUCGUCACAGACUUUGAGCAAAACAUCUCGAUCGACAUCCAAGACGAGGACACAGCCACGGGUGACGACGACAUAGGUUUCGCCUCCACCACGGUCAAGGACAUACUCCUCCAGGGCGGUUCCCAAGACCUCAGUCUCUCGCACAAGAACACGCCCACAGGCGGCCGCGUCCUCAUCCACGCCAAAUUCUUCAACUUUGUAAACAACGCUCAGAUCCUCUCGUCAGCACAUGCCCAGGGACAAGGCCAAUACGUCGGUCUGGCUACCAUCCUCAUCGCAAGCGCACACGACCUCCAGGGCCCGCGCGAAGAACUGCAGCCUAGCGUCAAGGUGACAUGGGGCACACACACGUUCCAGACGGCUGUCAAGACGUACACGCCCGGCACGGACAUCUACAACCCUUCGUUCGACCAGGCGUUCCGCAUCCCACUUACGGCGGAUAUGCUGGCCAACCCUGGUGCGUUCCAAUUCCAUCUGCUGAACAAGACUACCGAGUUUGGAAGUGCGCAGAUUGGCUGGCAGGAUGUGCUCGGUGCUGAGGGCUUGAUGGUGCAGAAUAGCUUCGAUAUGGGUAAUGGGGCCAAGAUUAGGGCGGCGGUUACGCUACAUGGGGUUCAGGAAGCUCAGUAAGUGGGUGAGUCGUGAUGGGAUGGGAUGUGAUGGGAUGAGUGUGGGUAGGGAGGUAAGGUGGUAUAACCUAAGUCUACAUAUUUCCUAGUCUGGUAUGGCUAUCAAUGACGAAACACGAUGUUAUAAAUAUG